AGGAAGUCCGCCAUUUUCUCCGCAAAGGGAGCCUACCAAGUCUCACACUGAAGUAGUCACGUGUCUACUAUGUAACGUCUCGAGGGAUGUAACAAGCUUACGGCAGGACUGCGAGCUUCAUGCCACUCUACGUUGAUGCGGCUUGGAGGACGGUCUGAACUGGAGCUGUUGUCCCCACUAAACCUAUAUUACAGUUUCGAGAAGGAAUCAAAACCGAUCUUACAAAAUGUGGAUUUCGAAGGCGCUUCUUCUAUCAUGUUUCGUUUUGAUCGCGGCAGAAUUUGAGUCAGACGCUGAUCUUAGCAGUACAGUGCUGCACCGCACCGACAGAUCUAUCUUUUGUGCUGCAAAAUUUCGGGUUAUAGAAAAUCAUUCGGCAUGUCUCCAGAGAUCGAAGAACAACCCAGGCGUCAGUGAGGAAGACCAAAAAAUGAUAGUGGAAAUGCAUAAUGGGAAGCGAUCGUCGGUCCAACCUGAAGCCACCAACAUGCUUCGAUUGAGCUGGGAUGACGAAGUGGCCAUGAUAGCGCAGAAAUGGGCGGACAAGUGUGAUAUGAAGCAUGAGGAGAAAAAUACUCAGCGAGAUAUACCAGGUCGUUUCAGUGUCGGACAAAAUAUUGCCAUGGGUGCUAAGGACUGGUGGUAUGCUAUCGAGAUGUGGCAUGACGAGGUGAAGGAUUUUAAGUAUGGAAGUCAAGAAAACAGCACUCUUCCGAAUAUCGGCAAUUACACGCAGAUGGUGUGGGCAGAGACAAACAAGAUUGGUUGUGGAUUUAGUGUGUGCAAGGACAGAAUUUCCAUGUGUGCAACUAUGCCCCAUCGAUUAAUCUAUUUAGCAACGUCUACUUUCCCUACAAGAGCGGUCCCAGUUGCAGUGAGUGUCAGCAAGGCAAUUGCAGUGACAGUCUAUGUGAUUGUGGAUUUACAUGCCUUAAUGGUGGCACCAUCGAUACUACCGACUGCACCUGCAAGUGUCUCAAUGACUUCUACCUGGAGCCUGUUUGCCGAUUGAAUGUGCAAGGAGAAAGACCCAUAUGAAUGCUACCCUGGAUACUCCUUUUCUCCGCGUCAGUGUGAUGAGGUUGCAUAUCAUUGCCCAGUCCGAUGUCGUCAUUGCCCUGAUGCUGAAGAUGAUUUCACAGGUUUGCCUGCCAGAUCAACUGCAGGAUCAACAUCACCAGCAUGCUCUUGCUGGUUUCUGUUAUUACUGAAAGUAUUAGUUGUAAUUUUCUGCAAGAACUUCACUUAGCCAGCAAUCUCUGCAUUCUAGCUUUGUUGGACUUCUUUUACUUAGUUUUUGCAGCUGCAAAAAUGUGCUUUUCAAAAUAAAUCUCUCUGUGCCAUUUAACAGGCCAACAUAUUUCAACUCUGCUUUGUACUAAAGAUCACCCUUAAACAAAUCUUACUUAUUUUGUGUAUGAGUCGC